CUCCCUCCCUCGGGGCAUGUGCAGAGUCCUCGGCUGCCUGGAUUGGCUAUAAAGGAGGGGCGAGUCAGCUGCCUUCAAGCCGUCCCGCUUAGCGAGGGGGGGUCCUACUGAGUCCGACGCCCCCCUCACCCGGCCUGGCCUACCUCACCGGGUUGUCGGCGAGGGCGGUGGGGCGGCCUCAGUCACAGGAAGCCUCCCCCUUAUAGCACAGGUCAUUGGAAGCGGCUCCGGACAGGCUUCAGUCCAGCAGGAUGGCGGAAGACCCGUUUCCCUUGCCCCUUACAGAACAGAAGGCAAACGUGGAUGGUGCGCGACAACCCCAGCUGAAGCCCACCUCCCGUCUUCCUGUGGCUGGUUUGCGGCCAAAGCGCCCGGCCACCUGUGAGAAUGAACCCCCCAGAGAGAACUGGAAACGUCCCCGGGAAUCACUUGCUCCUCCCAGAAGAGGGGCUGCCUCACUUGCCAUCUCCCAGCCCAAAGUGGCCCCAGCUGCCCCUGUGCUCCGUGGUCGGCGUGGGCCUGGUUGUCACUCAACUUCUCGAGCAGGAAGAGCCGUGGGAGUGGCUUCCACGGCAGGGCUCAGCCGGCGUCCGGUGCCUGCAGCCGCAGCUCUGAAAUCAGCACCCAAAGGUCCUCCCGCAGGGGGCGGAGAGAAGAAGCGGGCUCCCUGGGACCUAAAAGGGCAGCUGAGUGACCUCCGGACCAAAUUGAGCGCUUCCAAGGAAACUAUUCAGGGCUUGGACCUUGAGAAGAGAGCACUGAAGAAGGAGCUCCAGCAGGCCGUGGCUCAGAACAGCGAGCUGGGCUCCCAAGCAAGCUCCCUGUCUGUGGAGGUGGAAGUGUGGCAGGGCCGGGCAAAAGAGAGUCUUCAGCGACUGUCAGAGCUCUUGGCCAGAGAGAAGCAGUUGCAGGAGACUGUGAGGAGACAAGAGCAGGAGAUCGAGGAGCUGCAAGAGGCCACGCAGGCCCUGCAAGAGGCCAAACAGGGCCUGGCUGCCCAGCUUGGCACCACAGAGGCACGGCUGCGCCUCGCUGAGGAGACUCUGGCCCGACGAGGGCAGGAGAACGAGGCCUUGCGGUCCCGAGUGGCGGAGCAAGACAAGCGGCUGCACGACUCCGAAAUGGAGCGCCGGCACCUGCACAACGUGGUGCAAGAGCUGAAGGGCAACAUCCGGGUCUUCUGCCGCGUGCGCCCGCUGCUGCCGUGCGAGAAGCAAGCCCAGAAGGGGGCGGGGCACCUGCGCUUCCCUCCCGAGGACAACAAGAGCCUUCUGCUCUGCAAGGCGGAAGAGUCCCACGUCGGGCGUGAGCACAAGGAUGACAUCACUUAUGAGUUCAACUUUGACCGGGUCUUCCCCCCCUCGAGUCUGCAGGAAGAUGUGUUUGAAGAGAUUGCGCUACUGGUGCAGUCUGCCCUGGACGGGUACAACGUGUGCAUCUUUGCCUACGGCCAGACGGGGAGCGGCAAGACCUACACCAUGGAGGGGCCGGAGGACCUGGCCCCAAGCACAGCUGGCAUGAUCCCCCGGGCCGUGCGGCAGAUCUUCCAAGCAUCCCACGAGAUGGAGGCAAAGGGCUGGAAGUACCAGUUCACAGCCAACUUCCUGGAGAUCUACAACGAGUCUCUGCGGGACCUACUGGUGCUGCGGCCGGAGCGGAGCCCUGAGCUGGAGAUCAAGCGGGUGAACCAGAGCACGGAGGAGCUGCACAUCCCCAACCUGUCCUACGUCCCGGUCACCUCGGAGCAGGAGGUGCUGAAGCUGCUGCGGACGGCCAAAGCCAACCGGUCUGUGGCCAAAACCACGCUCAACGAGCGGUCCUCCCGGAGCCACAGCCUCUUCCAGCUCCACAUCGAGGGAGAGAACGCCAGCCGGGAGGUGCGCACUUCCUCUGUGCUGAACCUGGUGGACCUGGCCGGCAGCGAGCGCCUGGAGAAAUCCAUGUCGAAGGGGGAGCGGCUGAAGGAGACCCAGGCCAUCAACAGCAGCCUCUCCAACCUGGGCCUGGUCAUCAUGGCCCUCAGCAACAAGGAAGCCCACGUGCCCUAUCGGAACAGCAAGCUCACCUACCUCCUCCAGAACUCGUUGGGGGGCAGCUCCAAGAUGUUGAUGUUUGUGAAUAUCUCGCCCUUGGAGGAGAACUUUGCAGAAUCCCUCAACUCCCUCCGUUUUGCCAGAAAAGUGAACGAGUGCGUCAUUGGCACAGCACAAACCAACCGUAAAUGAGGGUCUCUGGAUCCCAUCCAUCAGCAGGCGGCUGUGCCACACCCACCGAGGCAGCGGCCUGGUUUCCCUCCUUUUUAAGUCUGUCUCUCCUUUUUCUUGUUUCUACUGUUGCAUAUAUUAAUCAUUAAACUUUUGAAAUCAGCAACAA